UCACAACGAGCGCCUUAUGCUGAUAAAGGGCAUUCUCCAGGAUCUAAUAUAAAACCCACGUUCCCAUCUCUGUUGGUGUGCAUAUAUACGCACUUCGACACUUUGCAAUGCGUUCCAAAACAGAAAUUCUCCAAGAGCACUUCAAUGUGCAGACUUUCAAUGAGGCUUUCCCAACCUAUCUGAAAGAGUUGGCGUCAUUUCCUAUGCCCUUGUCUUCCUGGACGAAAUUGCAACUUCCGUACGAAGCGUCGAGCCACCCACGCAUACCCUCGUUUGACGAGAUUGAUAGAGCCAUGAAAGAAGACAGACUCAAAGGAGGUGCUUCUUCAGACGUCUGCAAGGUUGGGACGUGUGUUGUAAAGAUGAGUUAUAAUCCGAUUAUACUCCAGGAAGCAGAAGACCUACUCUUCCUCCAAGCAAACUCCCAGGUCCGUACGCCUACGGUAUACGCAGUCUUCGCCCGGGAAACAAAGCCCUCUCCAGCCUACUACAUGGUAACAGAGUUUAUCGAAGGCGAGAUGUUAACCUCUAAAAAAUGGCUAAGUCUUAGUGACAAGGCACGUACAAAGAUCUGUUCAAAAUUGUGCGAGCAACUACGCCUCCUCCGCUCAAUUCCUUCGGAGGGAUACUACGGGAGAGUGCACAACCAAGGCUGGAAUCCGAAUUCCUUACCCCUUCGCAGCAAUGGAAAAGAGAUGUGAAUCCAGCCUACCUUCACUCACAUGGACCCUUCAAUGCAAAAUAUCAUUGUCCGACAGCUUCAGACUUCAGAACAGGAUGCUGAAGACUGGGAGGUUACCUUGAUCGACUGGGCUGAGUCUGGAUGGUAUCCUGCUUGGAUGCAAGCUGUAACUAUCGAUGGAUGCAUCAAUAUGUGUCACGGUGACGAGGUAAACUGGGAGAUACGUUGUCAAUUUGUGGAAGAUGUCGCACAGAGCUUCGAAGAUCCAUACUCUGAG